UCAUGCUGCUGCCAGGUCCAGAGUGUGUCAUGGGUCCCUGUACGGCCUCCCAUUGCUGCUGUCUCCAUCGCCACACUCUGCCAUGUGCCACUUUCAGGUCUCCUCACACUGCUGGUGGGUUCCAUUUUGUCAUAGGGUGCUGGCAGAUUACGGGCCUCCCAUUGCUGCUGCCAGGCCCGUAAUCUGCCAUGGGGCCCCCGUACCGCCUCCUCAUGCUGCUGCCAGGUCCAGAGUGUCUCAUGGGUCCCUGUACGGCCUCCCAUUGCUGCUGUCUCCAUCGCCACACUCUGCCAUGUGCCACUUUCAGGUCUCCUCACACUGCUGGUGGGUUCCAUUUUGU